AUGGCUGCUGUUCAGAAGGGUCAGGAAGUCCCUGCAGUGACUGUCCGAGAGGGAACCCCUUCUUGCCAGUUUGAUCUCCAGGAUGUCACCAAGGAGGGAACUCACAUCAUCGUCGGUGUACCUGGUGCCUUCUCGCCUGCAUGCUCCGCCGGCCAUGUGCCUGGAUACAUCAACCUGUUCCCCAAGCUCAAGGAGCGAGGAGUCAAGACCGUGUGGGUUGUGGCUGUCAACGACGCCUUUGUGACCAACGCGUGGGCCGAGUCUCUGGACGCCCCCGCCGAUGAUGUUCGAAUCAUCUCUGACCAGGCCGGUGAGUUCUCUCUCGCCUUCGGCACCCUGUUUGACGCCUCCGAGUUCUUUGGCAACAAGCGAUCUGCCCGAUAUGCCGCUGUCAUCAUGGACGGCAAGGUUGUCGAGGUUUUCGAGGAGCCCGAUAAGACCGGACUUGAUGUUUCCAAGGCCGAGAACGUCCUCAAGUCUCUUGGUUAG